UUAAGAUAUUUGCGAGUGUCAGUGAAAUAUGAUGGAGGUGGUGUACACAGUAUGAGCACGUGGAUGGCGCUGUUCGGGUUACUGUGGCUGCUGCGAGUACGCGGAUCAUUAUGCGGAUGUACAGCAUGCAAGCGUGCUCGACUGGAAACACAAGAUAUCCAACAUAGGAGAUCGUCAAGAUUUUCGAGCACACCAUGCCUGGAUGAGGAAACAUCGGGUACACAGCGUGUGCCCAGUCCUAAUGAGCAAGCAACUUUUGACGUAAUCACACUACAGAGGUUCACGAGAGAUGUCACUGUACAGACUGACUUUGAUGACGAUGAAAUAGAAGACUUAGACAAAAUUGAGCUACAAAUUAAGGAAGAAUCGAACGUUAGCAGCUACGAAAGCGGGCGUGAACAAUCGACGCUGAGUCCGGAAGCUAGUGAAAAGGUUGCAGGAAGCUUUCAGUAUUUAAUGCAUCAUAGUACAUCUAAUCCCGACGAUGUCUGGGAAACGACGGAUGUGACACUAGAACGGGGUGUUAGUGGUCUAGGGUUGAGUAUAGCGGGUAGUGAAAGCGGUGGUGACGUCAGCAUCACUCGAAUAGCACAAAAUGGCGCAGCUAAGAACGACGGCCGUCUUCAAACCGGCGACAUCUUGCUGCAGGUAAACGACAUCUCUGUAGAAGGCGCUCCACACUCUGUUGCAGUAGAUGCGUUACAAAGAGCUGGAAAUGUUGUGAGAUUAAGAGUUAGAAGAGCUCGUAGGGCAAUGGUUGUAACACUUUGUCGUGGAGUACGGGGACUAGGAUUAGGUAUCGCUGGUGGAGCAGACGACGUGGCAGGAGGAGAGGGCAUUUUUAUAUCUCAUAUUGCUGUUGGAGGUGCUGCCCACCACGACGGUAGAUUAAAACUAGGAGAUAAAAUUUUAGCUGUCAAAGGAGAAACUGGAAUUGAAACGUCGUUGAUAGGAGUUACUCAUGCGAUGGCCGUCUCAGCGUUGCGUAGUACAGGAGAUCACGUCACAUUAGUGGUUCUGCCAGCCGCUGGAUCUAUACCACCCGUUGCUCGGACUGCACCGCUUUAUUCUUCAAAAAACCAGGCUACAUCCUGCUCAACCCUUCAUGAUCUAUCUGAAGAGGAGCUAAAUAAAAUUCCAAGAUGUGUGCGCAUGGUACGUCUGGUGCGGACGGGUUCCCGAUUAGGAAUGGAUAUAGUUGGAGGACUGGGAGGUGAAGUCGAUGGUAGCAUUGGUCCGGAAGACGAUACUUGCGGUGUAUUUGUAUCUGGUGUGUCAACCGAAGGAGCGGCUUUUGGAUUGCUUCAUAGGGGUGAUAGAAUUCUGAGCGUUGAUGGACGAGAUCUAACGCGAGCAACACACGAGCAGGCAGCAGCUGCAUUAAAGUAUUCAGGGAGCGUUGUCACCAUUGCCGCCCAAUAUCAACCAGAACACUAUGAAAGGUUGCGCGCGCGCAUACGAGCAAUCAACGCAGCAGUCAUGUCUCCACACAUACCCUCACGUAUAGCCACGCAAAUAUCCGUUCAUCCCGAUGUUCAUGUAAUUUAUCCAAGGUAGUAGUGAAAUAAUUGUGGAACAUAUUCUUAAAUUAAGGACCGUAGAUAGUGGACACACAUUGUGGAUUUAUAUAAGUAUGACUGUUUCUAUCGUACGUUUGUAAAUAAAAUAAGCUAUUAAAAUUUGGUGGUUUGC